AUGACAAACCCUAACCUCACUGAUUCACUUCCCACACUGUAUCACUGCCGCUGCAUGGCAUCUUCCACGAAGAAAAGAAACCCUACCAUCAUAGAUUCACUACUGCACACUCUUACUUUCGACCUCAAAAUAGAAAUUCUUUCUAGGCUACCUGUCAAACUCCUUCUCCAAUUAACAUUGAUCUGCAAAUCCUUGAAUUCUAUAAUAUUCAAUCCUAAUUUCGUCCAAAAGCACCUUAGCAUCUCAACCACCCGCCGCCUCCACCUUGCAUCAUACAGUUCUCUCUUCAAUCUUAAGUCUUACCCACUCCAAUCCUUGUUCACUGGUAUAACUACUAACUUCACUCAAUUAGGUUUUCCUUUCUACAAUAUUAAUACUAAUGUAACCGAUUUUUAUUACAUUGCUUGCUCUUGUCACGGAAUUCUCUGUCUUGCUGAUCAUUACCAGUACACAGUUGUAUUGUGGAAUCCUUCCGUUAGAAAAUUCAAAAUAUUACCCCCUUUUGAAUACCCUAAAUACGGUACCAAGGUUCACGUGAACCAUGGAUUCGGCUAUGAUCGUGUUUCCGGUCAUUACAAAGUGGUUGUUCGUUACCACAAGCGGAGUACUGGUAGUGGCAUCCAUGAAGACACAACUACAGUCAAGGUUCUUACUUUGGGCACCGAUUAUUGGAAAACGGUUCCUACAUUCCCUUUUGGGACUAUAUUUGAUUUUGAUGCUGGAAAAUGUGUAAGCGGCACUAUUAAUUGGUUGGCCUAUACAAAAACUUAUCGGGUCGUUCAGCCUUUUAUUGUUUCUUUUGAUUUGGCUAAGGAGUCUUUUCAAAAGAUUUUCCUUCCUCAUCAUGGAAGGAGAGAUGGGUGUAACCUAACAUUGUUAGUGUGGAAGGAUUGCUUGGGUAUAAUCUGUGAUCAUGAUGUUUGGGUCAUGAAGACAUAUGGAGUUCAAGAGUCUUGGACUAAAUUGUUCAGUGUUUCUUACUUGGAAGAUCCUAGAAUGUCUUGUAUCUUGACCAAGGCAUUAUAUAUUUUUGAAGAUGAUAAAUUGCUGCUGGAGCUUCAGGAGGAGAAACGGAGGAGGAAGUUGAUUGUCUACAAUCCUAAGAAUGGUACUUUUAAGGUUUCCAACUUCAUAAGGUUACCAGAAGUCUGCGUUCAGAGUUUGUUAUCACCUGAUAUCAUUUAG